GCCGUGGCAUACCCUUAAGAGCUCGUCCGCGCUGGCCCAUGCGGGUGGACACGCCGUGCGGGGUGGUGGAGAUUGCGGGCACCGCGGUGGGCGUUGGCGCCUCGGGCAGCGUGUACCUUGGCACCUGCAAGGAGCUUGGGCCAGAUAAGGAGGCUGUGGCUGUGAAGGUGGUCCGCGGCUCCAAACACUGCGGCAGCUGGCGUCGGGAGCUGCGGGUGGUGCGACUCCUGCUGCGGAAGCCUCACCGCAACGUGCUGGCCUACUAUGCGGCCUUCCGCUACUCCGGCGAAGCCUUGCGCAUCAAGGGCCAGCCCGUGCUGGAGCCAGGUGACGGGGUGCUGGUCAUGGAGCGCGCCUCGAGGGCGCCGCUGCCGGUGGGCCAGCGCCCAGUCGAGGAGCGCUGGGAGGCGGAGAGGGCCUGGCGCCUGCAGCAGGCAGCCUGGGCAGCCCGGGUCUUGGUCUCCGGGGCGAAUGCGCUACAUUGGCUCCACCAGGAGAUCCGGACCAUUCACCGAGACCUCAAGCUGGACAACUUGUUGGUCUCCGACGGUGGCGCGGUGAAGCUGGCGGACUUCUCGGCGGCGAAGACGCGGCUCUACGAGGCCCAGCGCGCGGCCACGCGGCAAGGCAUCGGCACAACAGGCUCCAUGGCCCCGGAGCUCUACUUCUCCCAGUGCCACGGCUUCGCGGUGGACUUCUGGUCCCUCGGCUGCGCGGCCUGCGACGCCUUCAGCGGCAGCCUGCCCUACGACCUGGACGCUUUCCUCCGCGUGGUCACGCUGGGCCAGCUGCCGGCUGAGCCGUCGGCUUGCCUGAGCCGAGACGCCAUUGCGGGGCACCCGGACUCCGAGAUCGCCCAGGGGGUGCGGGAACUCAAGGAAAGCAUCCGGCGGCGCCUUACCAGCUGGCUGCCGCAGGACGACCCGCUCUGCGCGGACCUGUGCUCGGUACUCUUGGAGCUGCUGCAGCCGGAGCCCGAGCUGCGGCCCAGCGCGCCGCAGCUGCUGUCCUGUGAGGCCCUGAAGCGCCUGGCGCAGCUUCUUCCGGGCGAGCGCCUGGACCCCCCGCUGCUUACGGACACGCCCACGCCGGCGCGUGCGCUGGCGCGGAAUUCUUCGACCGCGCGGUCGCAGAUGAUCCAUCAGGCUUUGGAGCGGCUGGAGUCCGAGCAGGACCUGGAGAUCCUGCGUGAGGACGUGCACUGGGCGCUGCUGGCGGAUGACCCCAAGGCAGAGGAGCUCUUGCAGAUGUUCCUCCAGCUGCCGGACCUAGGCCAGGCGCAGCCUCUCCGCGCAGUGCCGGGCUGGGCCAAGCCGGGCCGGGACCCGCUCUGCCGGCGCUGGGCGGCGGAGGACUUCGACGAUGCGGAGGAUCUGCUGGCAUUUCUCCAGGAGCACAACCUGGGCGACUGCCAGCCGGGCGCGGCGUGCCGACUUUGGGAGGACUUGCGAAAGGGCGCGGCCCUGUCGCUCCGCACAGAGACCGGUCAAGGUGACGUGCUGAUUCUCCUGGCGCACGAGCUGGUGCUGGAUUUGCGGCUGGCGCAGGAUGACCUGGACCCCCACCAGGAUGAGAACGCCAAGUACCUCUGCUUGAUGGAGAUGCAUUCCAUCGACGUGAUCCGCGGCAAGCCGAGCUUCCCUCACCUCCGGCGCCUUCCGCCCUCCACUUUGUUCGACGGCAAGGACGGCCGGACCUGGCCGCAGCGCUUGGAAAGCCUCCAGCUCGGCCUGCUCGGCCUGCCCGAGCUGGAGGACUGCCAGCCACGAGCUUCCCUGGAGAUGAGGCAGUCAGAGUGCGUCCCGAACCUCUGGAUCCGGUGCCACUCCUGGACGCUGCCGCUGACAGCUCCCGGAAGUUCGGAAGGGCCGGCGAGCUUUGCCACGGAGGAGCCGCUGAGCGAGGGCCGCCGGUGGCGGCACUGGGCCUGGCAGAAGCCGGCGGGCCUGGCCCGGCGCCUGGCGCCGGCGCCACGCCUGGGGAGGUGCCAGGACCUGCGCAAAGUCUCUGAUGAGGGGCAAACCCUGCUGCACGCAGCGUGCCUCAGCCAGUCCGCGGGUCGGCUGCUGCGCUUGGUGGGCGAGGUGCUGCCCCGCGCUGCCUGGCCAGAGAUGCCGCUAGAGGCCCAGGACCCCCAGGGCCGCACCUGUCUCUGGCUGGCGGCCAGCCGUGCGGACCAAGGCGCCGUCAGGCAGCUGCUGAAGUUCCGCAGCGACCCCGAGGAAGCACACGCACGCCGCCCUUCUGCCACCCGUUUGGCCGAGCGCGCGGUUCGCGCCUCAGCGGAGGCGGCAGACCGGCGGGGUGUGUCGGUGCUGGCGGUGGCCGCUGGCACGCGCCGGGAGCAGACCCUGGGCACGGUGCGGGAGCUGGUGGAGGCGGGCGCCCGGCCGCUGGAGCUGCUGCGGAAGAUGGAGGAGCCUCAAAACGACACGCUGGGCCUGUGCAUUGUGAAGGUCCUGGCGCGCUCCGCACUGGGAUGCGUGUGGCGGCACCUGGAGCAGAGCAUCUCGGAGGCCGGGGGACGUGUGAGCAAGAGCCACCUGGAGGAGAUUCUGCUCAAGUGCAAGGUGGAUAUGGCGGUGGCAAAGCACGUCUUGGCGGUGCUGGACGCGUCAGAGGCCCUGACCAGCAGCCAGCUCUGGAGGAAGCUGUCAUCGAAGGCGCCACAGGUGAGGGCGCCGAGAGUCGCGGACUCGGUGGAUGUGGCGGCCACAGCAGCCCUGCAGGAGCUGAUGGCGGGCGAUGGCUAUCCCUCGCCCAAGGCAUCAUCUCUCUCGCUGAGCCCGAAGACGGUGUGCACGGAGAGCGACAUCUCCGAAAGCCCCCAGGUAGGUAGCCCGCAGGAGGCCUCUCCGCAGGCGCUUAUGCCGAGGACUUCGAUCCGCGGCCUGCGGAGCCUGUCUCUGAAGUCCCAGAGGGCGUCGCCGCGGAAGCGUGCGCCGAGCGUUGCUGGUGGCCGCCUGCUGCCCUGGCCGCAGGCGACCACCACGGCGGAUGGGAAGAUCCAGUGCUUCAAGGGAGUCCGGCCUAGAUAUUUGGACCACCUGUGCCCGCUAGGCGACCGGGACUUGGCCAGUACCAGGCCAAUCCGCCGAGCGGUGAGCCGGCCGCGGCGCAGCCUUUCGUCAGCCACCAGUGCUGCUUAAUUCGAGACCGGUCGACCUGCGGCCCGCUGCAUCCCCACCCCUGAAAAAUGGGGAACCCCCCCUCCUCCGAUUCUGUGCGGUUCUCAUUCUUCCAUUGGGCCUCGCGAGCGAGAGACCGUAGCUCCUUACCAGUCAGCUGAAAGUGGCUGAUAGGAUCUUCCAGUGCCGACAGGCUCCGUUCUUUUGAGCCGGUAAGGGUUCAACACCCUAGUCCUGCGGUUGCUUGCUAGGUUGC